CGGAGCUGGAAGGGGAGCCGGGAGCUUUGGGGCCGCGUUGAGACGCGCCGGGCUACUGCCGCGGCGCACCCUUUCCCCUCUGUCCCCAGAUUUCCCCUUCUCCCCUAGACCUCUUCACUCUCGGACCCUUCCUCACCUCCCCAGUACCCUCCUCAGGUCCCGUCGCUCCUUCCCAGGCGGGAUUCCCUUACCUCCGUUUCCACUCUAACCUCCCCUGGGGUAGCGGUGAGACAGCCUCUCCUGAACAAACCCGUCCCCCCACCCCAACCCAGCCUCUCUUUUCUCUCUUCUCCCUCUCUCCCUCACCCCAACUUACCUUUUCACCCUUCUUUCUCUCUCCCACAUCCAUGGAACUUUAAUACCCCUUAACCCUGUACUGCCAAAUCUGACUCCUCCCUCUUUGCCCAGAAUCUCGACUCUUCCUCUCCCCUCCCUUUCCUUCCACCCCAACUUGGCAUAUACCUUUCUCUCUUCACUUUCUCAAUUUUUUUCUCCUUUCUCUGCCCCUUUCCUCUUCUCCCUCUUUCCCUCCGUCCUAACCCUCAGCUCCUGUCCCCCUCUCUGUUUCCCACCUUCCCCCUCCACUUCCUCUCACCCCACCCCCAAUCUUUCCCCCGGGGCCUCUCUCACCAACCUCUUCUUCCUGUCCUCUGCCCCCAGUGUUUCCCACCGUCACCCUAAAGCAACCAUGGCCACCAUCCCUGACUGGAAGCUACAGCUGUUAGCACGGCGCCGGCAGGAGGAGGCAGCAGUGCGAGGCCGGGAGAAGGCAGAGCGGGAACGCCUUUCCCAAAUGCCAGCCUGGAAGCGGGGGCUCCUGGAGCGCCGCCGGGCCAAGCUCGGGCUGUCCCCUGGGGAGCCUAGCCCUGCCCCAGAAACUGCAGAGGCCGGGCCUCCAGACCCAGACGAGUCUGCUGUCCUUCUGGAGGCCAUUGGGCCAGUGCAUCAGAACCGAUUCAUCCGGCAGGAGCGGCAGCAGCAGCAGCAGCGGAUUGAAGAGCUCCUUGCAGAGAGAAGGCCUGGUCCUGCCGAGGCCCAAGAGCGGAAAUCCAGCCCUGGGGAGAUUCGGGAUCAGAGCCCCAAGGGAAGAGAAUCAAGAGAAGAGAGGCUUAGUCCCAGGGAGACCAGAGAGAGGAGGCUGGGGAUAGGGGGAGCCCGAGAGUCUAGCCCCAGGCCUUUGGAGGCUCGGGACUGGAGGCAGAGCCCAGGAGAGAGCUCGCGACUGUUAGAGGUGCAGAAAUGGAGACUGAGCCCUGGAGAGACUCCAGAGCGGAGUCUGAGACUGGCAGAUCCUCGAGAGCAAAGCCCCAGGAGAACAGAGGUGCUGGAAACUAGACUGAGCCCCGGGGAAUCUGGCAACCAGAAGCUGGGUCUGACAGAGGCCCAUAAAUGGAGGCCUGACUCUAGAGAGUGUCAGGAAGACAGUUUGGUACAGCUGGAGGCAUCAGACUGGAGGCUGAGCUCAGAAGAAAGAGACAACUGUUCAGAGGAAUGGGGGAGAAAAGAAGAGAGGCCAAUUCCAGGGAUAAUUCCAGAAGAGAUUAAAGGGCUCUCAGAGACCCUGACCAGGGAGGCUCAAGAUAACAGUCCCAGAGGAGUGGUGGCAACAGAACAGAGGCCCAGCCCAGUGGAGGAUGGCGAGAGGGGCUUGAGGCUGACAGAAGGGUGGAAAUGGACUCUGAACUCAGGGAAAGCUAGAGAAUGGACACCCAGGGAUAUGGAGUCUCAAAUGCAGAAACCAGAACCUUCAGAGUCUGCCGAGAAGAGGCUGGGACCUCCUGAGGUAGAGACUGGAGAACGGGAGGCUGAGAAGGAGGAGGCAGGGGCUCAGGGCAGGUCUCUGAGCAACCUGCAGAACCGCUGCUCUGUGCCCUCCCCCCUCCCACCAGAGGACGCUGGGACCGGAGGCCCAAGACAGCAGGAAGAGGAAGCAGUGGAACUCCAGCCCCCACCAUCAGUCCCUCUGUCUCCCCCACCCCCAGCCCCACCUGCUCCCCAACCCCCAGGGGAUCCCCUCAUGAGCCGACUGUUCUAUGGGGUGAAGGCAGGGCCAGGGGUGGGGGCCCCCCGCCGCAGUGGACACACCUUCACAGUCAACCCCCGGCGGUCUGUGCCCCCUGCAGCCCCGGUCACUCCGGCUGCCCCUGCCACGGCUGAUGCUGCAGUCCCCGGGGCUGGGAAGAAGCGGUACCCGACUGCCGAGGAGAUCUUGGUUCUGGGGGGCUACCUCCGCCUCAGCCGCAGCUGCCUUGUCAAGGGGUCCCCUGAAAGACACCAUAAACAGCUCAAGAUCUCCUUCAGCGAGACGGCCCUAGAGACCACGUACCAGUACCCCUCCGAGAGUUCAGUGCUAGAGGAGAUGGGUCCAGAGCCCGAGACCCCCAGUGUUCCCAGCCCCCCAGCGGCCCAGCAGGACGACGAGGAGGAUGAAGAGGAGCUGCUGCUUCUGCAGCGAGAGCUCCAGGGCGGGCUGCGAACCAAGGCGCUGAUAGUGGAUGAGUCCUGCCGGAGGUGACCCUCUUCCCACAUAGGGCUCCACUUUUCUCCUUCCCAGAACUGAAGAUCCUGGAGUUGAGAAGAUCCAGAGCAGAUGGACCCUGAAAAUGAAACUGGCAGGGAAGGGCAAUCAACAUCCCCCAAUUGGCUUUCUUCAUCCUGUUUCUGGGGGCAGAGCCAAUCACCCAACUUCACCCCCAACCCAAUGUCUCUGGUGUGGGUGGGCCAAAUGUGCUGGUGCAUCCUAGGUGAUCUAAGAGUGAACCCCAAGUCUUGGGAAGGAGCACAGAACUCACUGGGAGGGGUGGUGUGGUACAAAUGGAACACACCUCCUCAUACCCCAUUUCACAGACAGGGACACUCCCCACAGCCUUCCUCAGUUCCCUACCACCCCGGGGACUCUCAGGAUUUAGUACUCAUCUCCCUGGGAGGCCUGGCCCUCACUCCCUUUACAGACACUUCCUCCUGUUCCCUAGGUCAUCACCCCUGCGUUUACAGCUCCUGCCUCCUCUCCUGACCACAGCCUAGUUUACAAGCCCCCCAGCCCCAUGCUGCCAAAGUCCCAGGUUUACAAGCCAUGCCCACUUGCCGAGUCCAUGUGGAAUUCCUCUCCCCUGCCUCCUGCAGUCGCCUAACUGGGAGUGGCCUAGAGGUGUGGCUUCCUCCACUUUUACUCAGUAUUACUAUGCCUCAGCUUUCCCUAAGAGGGGAGGCUGGGAAUCUUAACUCCUAAUCCCCAGAUAGUUAUUUAAUUCUGUUCCUGCUAGUGGUUCACAGUUGAUAUUGAAUUGAACUGUAGGGUGGUGGGGUGACUAAGGAGGCACUUCGCCUCUUCCCCAUUGUUCUAUCCUUAUCAAUUGUCUGUGUGUUGUUUUUUGUUUUUUGUUUUUUAACUUUCUGUAAUAAAAUGGAGCUUGCUCCGACUA